CUGAGUCUUGGAGAAAGCUGGGGGGUUGUUUUGGUUUUUUGUUUUGUUUUGAGUGUGUGUGAGAGUGUGUGUGUGUUUUUUUUAAGAAGAAAAAAAAAUAAAGGGAAGAAAAUUCAGCAGAGAAAAGAAGAGAGAGAGGAGUUCCAGCUGUGGAGGAAUAGAGGAGAAGAAGACAGAUAGAGAAGGAAGAACAGAGAAAUACAUUUCAACCAAGAAGGAGUUUUGAUUUAUUUGAUUUUUAUUUGUUUUAAGGAGAAAAAAAAUCUAUAAGCAGGAAAAAGAAAGAAAGAAAAAGAAAAAAAGAAAAGAAAAAGCAACUGAGAAGGGUUAUAAAAAGAGCAAAUACCAAGAAGGGUGAACAAGAGAAGAAAGUCAAGGCAAGGAGGAGCCCAAAGCUGGCAGAUCGGGAGGAUUUGCAGGGGAGAAGGGGGGGGAAGAUUGGAAAUGCAGCUCUGGAGUUUGCUGCUGCCUCUUGCGCUUCUCUGUACAGCCCUAGCCAGUGGACCCGAAUGUGGGAUGGACGAGCGCUCCCGCAGGGCACGAAGGGACACCAGGCACAGCCGCCAGCUCCUCCACACUGCCCCGGGCACCUGUGCCACCAGGUUAGCCCGAGGAAGGCGCUCCACUGCUGGGCUGGAGCCUGGGCAUGUCCCCCGCAGGAGGCAACAGCGGGAGGUAAAGGACGAAGAGGAGUCCCUUACCCCGAGCAGGGCGCUCUAUUUCAGUGGCCAAGGUGAUCAGCUGCGGCUGAAGGCAGACGUUGAGCUGCCCCGAGAUGCCUUCACUUUGCAAGUGUGGCUGAAAGCCGAAGGCGGACAGAGAUCUCCGGCUGUCAUUGCAGGACUGUAUGACAAAUGUUCUUACACCUCCCGUGACCGAGGCUGGGUCCUGGGGAUUAACACCGUCAGUGACCAGGGGAACAGAGACCCCCGCUAUUUCUUCUCGCUGAAGACGGACCGUGCUCGCAAAGUCACCACCAUUGCAGCACACCGCAGCUACCUCCCUAACCAGUGGGUGCACCUGGCUGCCACCUACGACGGGCGCCUGAUGAGACUCUACGUGAACGGUGCCCAGGUGGCCACAAGUGGAGAGCAAGUGGGCAGCAUCUUCAGUCUGCUGACCUUGAAGUGCAAGGUGCUCAUGCUGGGAGGAAAUGCCCUGAACCAGAACUAUCGGGGUUACGUGGAGCACUUCAGCCUCUGGAGGACAGCCCGGUCUCAAAAGGAGAUCUUGUUGGACAUGGAGCAGACGAUUCACAGGCAAGACACGCCCCUACCUCAGCUCGUUCUUCAAGACAGUUUACUGAAUGUGAAAAGCAGCUGGUCUCCCAUGAAGGAUGGCAGCAGCCCUCAGACCAAGUUCAGCUACCACCACGGCUAUCUGCUGGACACCAGCCUGGACCCUCCUCUCUGCGGGCAGACAGUGUGUGACAACACGGAUGUCAUCGCCAGCUACAACAAACUGCCCAGGUUCCGCCGCAACAAAACCGUGCGCUACCGCGUGGUGAAUCUGUAUGACGACAAACAUCAGAACCCCACCGUCAGCCAGCAGCAGAUCGAGUUCCAGCACCAGCACCUGAACGAGGCUUUCAGCCGCUACAACAUCACCUGGGAACUGGAGGUGCUGGAGGUGAAGAAUUCUUCCCUUCGCCACCGACUCAUCCUGGCCAACUGCGACAUCAGCAAGAUUGGGGAUGAGAACUGUGACCCCGAGUGCAACCACACCCUGACGGGGUACGACGGCGGGGACUGCCGGCACGUCCGCCACACGCUCUUCAACAAGAAGAAGCAGAAUGGGGUGUGUGACAUGGAUUGUAAUUACGAGAGGUACAACUUUGACGGGGGAGAGUGCUGCAACCCAGAGAUAACUGAAGUCACCAAGACCUGCUUUGACCCAUAUUCUCCUUACAGGGCAUACUUGGAUGUCAAUGAACUUAAGAACAUACUCAAACUGGAUGGAUCCACACACCUCAACAUCUUUUUUGCCAAUUCCUCUGAGGAAGAGCUGGCUGGAGUGGCAACUUGGCCCUGGGACAAAGAAGCCUUGAUGCAUCUAGGUGGCAUCGUGCUGAAUCCCUCCUUCUACGGAAUCCCUGGCCACACACACACCAUGAUCCACGAAAUUGGGCACAGCCUGGGGCUCUACCACGUCUUCAGGGGCAUCUCUGAGAUCCUGUCCUGCAGCGACCCAUGCAUGGAAACAGAGCCCUCCUUUGAGACUGGAGACCUCUGCAGUGACACCAACCCUGCUCCUAAGCACAAGCUGUGUGGGGACCCUGGGCCUGGCAAUGACACCUGUGGUUUCCACAGUUUCCUGAACACGCCUUUCAGUAACUUCAUGAGCUACGCAGACGAUGACUGCACCAACUCCUUCACGCCCAACCAGGUGGCCAGGAUGCACUGCUACCUGGACCUCGUCUACCAGAGCUGGCAGCCCACCAAGAAACCGGCUCCCGUGGCAAUUGCCCCCCAGAUUGUGGCUCGCACCUCCACCUCUGUCACCCUCGAGUGGUUUCCACCCAUCGAUGGCCACUUCUUUGAAAGAGAAGUGGGAUCAGCAUGUGAUCUGUGUGCAGAAGGAAGAGUCCUGGUGCAGUACGCCUUCAGCGCCUCUUCUCCCAUGCCCUGCGAUCCCUCGGGGCACUGGAGCCCACGGGAGGCAGAAGGGCACCCUGACGUUGAGCAGCCCUGUAAAUCCAGUGUCAGGACGUGGAGUCCCAACUCGGCCGUCAACCAACACACGGUGCCCCCAGCCUGCCCCGAGCCCCAGGGCUGCUACCUGCAGCUGGAAUUUCGCUACCCCCUGACUCCAGAGUCCCUCACAAUCUGGGUGACAUUUGUUUCCCCAGACUGGGACUCCAGUGGAGCAGUGAAUGACAUCAAGCUGCUCACCGUCAGCGGGAAGAACAUUUCACUCGGGCCACAGAAUGUCUUCUGUGACAUCCCACUGACCAUAAAGCUGGAUGUGGGACAAGUGGGAGAGGAGGUGUAUGGGAUCCAGAUCUACACCUUGGAUGAGCACCUGGAAAUCGACGCUGCCAUGCUGAGCUCUGUCCCCCACAGCACCCUGUGCUCAGGCUGCAAACCCAUCCAGUACAAAGUGGUGCGGGACCCCCCUUUCCAGUCUGGAUCUCCAGUGGUCAUCUCAAACCUCAGUAGGAGAUUUGUGGACACGGAGCUGAGCGACGGGACCACGUACAGAUACCAGGUGGUCAUUGUGUCCGGGAUGGAGGAGAGCGAGCCGUCCCCCGCCCUCGUUUACAUCUCUGGGAGUGGAUACUGCGGAGAUGGGAUUAUCCAAAUAGAGCUGGGGGAAGAAUGUGAUGACAUGAACAAGAUAAACGGUGAUGGCUGUUCCCUGUUCUGCCUGCAGGAGUUGUCCUUUAAUUGCAUCGAUGAGCCCAGCAGGUGCUAUUUCCACGACGGCGAUGGAGUCUGUGAGGAAUUUGAGCAAAUGACCAGCAUCAAAGACUGUGGCGUUUACACUCCCAAAGGCUUCCUGGAUCAGUGGGCUUCCAACGUCUCUGUCUCACACCACAGUGACCAGCAGUGCCCAGGGUGGGUGGUCAUUGGUCAGCCAGCUGCAACCCAGAUGUGCCGUACCAAGGUGAUCGACUUGAACGAUGGAGUGUCCCAGUAUGCCUGGUAUCCCUGCACGGCCAACUUCCAGUACUCCCACAUGGCACAGACCAUUUUCUGGCUGAAGGCUUAUUUUUCCCAGCCUAUGGUGGCUGCAGCAGUCCUUGUUCACUUGGUCACAGAUGGGACCUACUACCUGGACCAGAAGCAGGAGACCAUUGGUGUGCAGCUGUUUGACACCAAAGAGCAAAGCCACGACCUUGGUGUCCACGUCCUGAGCUGCAGGAACAAUCCCCUGAUUAUCCCCGUCAUCCAUGACCUCAGUCACCCUUUUUAUCACACCCAGGCUGUCCUCAUUAGCUUCAGCUCCCAGUUUGUGGCCAUCUCUGGGGUGGCCCUGCGUUCCUUCCACAACUUCGACCCCAUCACCAUCAGCAGCUGCCAGCAAGGACAGACCUACAGCCCUGCGGAGCAGAGCUGUGUCCACUACUCUUGCGAAGCCACCGACUGCCAGAGGCUGGAGAUCGAGAACGCGGUGCUGAACUGCACCGGCGGCACCGGCUGGGACAGCGGCGCCCAGUGCAACGUCAGCUGCAGGACUGGCUACAUCCUGCACAUCCACAGAGACGAUGAUCUCAUCAAGAGCCAGACGGAGUCCAGCGUCACCAUGACUUGCAUGGAUGGGAAGUGGAACAAGCAGGUGACAUGUGAGCCCGUGGACUGUGGUGUCCCAGACCAGUACCAUGUCUACCCAGCCACCUUCAACUGCAGUGAGGGGACCACCUUUGGCAAGAAAUGCUCCUUCACAUGCCGACCUCCUGCUCUUCUGAAAGGAAACAACAGCAACUUGACCUGCAUGGAGGAUGGGUUGUGGUCCUUUCCUGAGGCCCUGUGUGAGCUGAUGUGUCGAGCACCCUCCAUCGUCCCCAACGCGGAUCUCCAGACCUCGCGCUGCCGAGAAGACAAGCACAAAGUGGGCUCGUUCUGCAAGUACAAAUGCAAACCAGGUUACCACGUCCCUGGAUCCUCCAGAAAAUCAAGAAAGCGAGCCUUUAAGAUCCAGUGCACGCAAGAUGGCACGUGGCUGCCAGGCGCCUGCGUGCCUGUCACCUGUGACCCUCCACCUUCCAAGUUCCACGGGCUCUACCAGUGCUCCAACGGCUUCCAGUUCAACAGCGAGUGCCGAAUCAAGUGCGAGGAUGAUGACAGCCAGUCGGGCCGUGGGAGCAAUGUGAUCCACUGCCGGAAGGAUGGCACCUGGAGCGGGUCCUUCCACCUGUGCAGAGAGAUGCAGGGACAGUGUGCUCUGCCCACCCAGCUCAACAGCCACCUGAAGCUGCAGUGCGCCGGCGGCUACGGCAUAGGCACGGAGUGUACCACCUCCUGUCUGGAUCACAGUCACGAGCCCAUCCUCCUGCGCGUGAACGAGACCGUGCAAGACAUUCAGCACUGGAUGAACCCUCAGAGAGUGAAGAGUGUUGUCUGCACAGCAGGACUCAAGUGGUACCCUCACCCUUCCCUGAUUCAUUGUGUUAAAGGCUGUGAGCCUUUCAUGGGGGACAACUACUGUGACUCCAUCAACAACAGAGCCUUCUGCAACUAUGAUGGUGGGGACUGCUGCGCCUCAACAGUCAAGACCAAAAAGGUGACACCGUUUCCUAUGUCCUGUGACCUACAAGGAGAGUGUGCUUGCCGGGACCCCAACGCCCAAGAGCACAACCAGAAAGACCUCCGUGGCUUCAGUCUUGGAUAAAGCCAAGUGACAUGGAAAGGAGGACCACACUGCUCAAGGCAGGCUAGGAGAGACACCACAUCCCUUUUGGUAUUGUUUUUAACAUUUAGCUGCUCAACUGGAUGGCAUUUCUGCACCAGGGACCCUUAGAAUUCAACCAGUCUGCCUUUAAUUUUUGUCCAAGGAGAACUCAAAGUAGGGGUUCAUGUAUUAAUUAUAUCUUAAAUGGUGAUCAUGAGAAAAAAAAAAAAAACAAACAACCAAGAGUCAAGUCAAGAUGAUUUUCAUGUAUCAAAACAGCAUGUUAUGCCCAUCUAAUUUGAACAGUUCAUAUCUAGAUUCAAGGCGAGAAACAAACUAUUUAUAUACACAUAUUUAUAGAAAUAAGUAGAGAGAGAGAAAGAGUGAGAGAUUAUGAUCAACGCAAAAACACUUUCCCCUCCCCAGCACUCACAACUCAGACCGUUUGUAGAAGAGGCUGAGCUCUUGGAGGACUCUAAGCUGAGCCUUUUCUGAUGCUGAAUGCCAAGCACUGGGGCAAGAAAACAGGACACCAGCCAGCCAAAGGAAUCUGCUUUCUGGUCUCCACUCUGCCAAGUGGUUCUGCAGCCUCCUCCACCCCACUCUUAGGCUGAUCUGAUUCUGACAACUGCUUCUUGAUCCCAUUUUCUCGGGAGACGGAGAGAGGAGGAAGAGACACCUGCCAUGAGGAAAGGCCCAUAGGAGACAGUAUUAGAAUUUUGGCCAUAUUUGUCAGUAUUAAGCUGCCAGGCCAGUGGGUCGGACACUUGGGAUAGACCAGGAGCCUAGCUGUUUGUAAUCUUCCAGAAAGAAGGGCAUUAGCUGCAGCAGAUCUCACACUACCCUGUCAUCCUCCUGCUUCAGCCUAGAGGGCAACAUGUGCCAGACCCUCAGUGAUUCCCUUCCUUACAGGGUUCAUUACAUUGAGUCACUGAGAUACCCAGGGCAUCCAAUGCUGCUGCUGCUACUGCAGCCCAUCCCAGGGAAAUCCCAGAGAUCUUUCCAGUGUGGCUUGGGCAUGUGCUCCAAGUUCCCACUAAGAAGUACACACAUCCAAAAAAGCAUCCUUCCCAGUGUUAAGUUUGUUUGUUCCUUGGAACUGUUGUGACUUUCACAAUCUACUGGGUAAAGAGAAAAACAUUUUUUUUCUAACUCCUGCUUUAGGCACUGGAGAAAGGCAGAAGGGUAAGGGCAGGGGUCAUUUAGCUCGCAGAAAUAGAUGUAAAAAUUAUUUGGAGAACUAGAGAUGGAAAAAUUAUAGAAUAAUAGGUGCAGGGAGCCAGGUUCUUGUUACCCACUGUUGGGGUUAUUUCUGUUGGAAUGAACCAGAGAAGAGUCUCAAGAACAAAGUAGAGGCCUGGAGAGGGGAUUGUCAUUAAGAAGGUGAGGAGCUCUCUGUUGUGAAGCUCCAGCUAUUCCUAGAGAAGGCCUGGCCAUGGGAGCUGUGUGGAUGGCUCUGCCCCUUCUGUGCAGGGGUGUCCUGGAAAGGGAGGUGCAGUGGGAUCAGGGUUCCUGCCAUGGAAUCAGACUGGACAUCCCCCAGCUUAGAGAACAGUGGCAUAAGCUUCCACUUUUGCCCUUUGCCUUCUACCUAGUAUAGGAAGCAAAUAACUGUGCAAAGGUUGCUGCUUCCUUCUGGUCCCUUUGCCCUCCCCUGUUUUGUUGGCAGUUUGUUCGUGUACCACCCAGCCUGUCAGAAGAGCUCACAACCUCAAAAGUCUUUCAGACUGGCACUUCAUGUCCUCAACGCCUGAGGUGUCUUGGUGUGAUUUCCCCUCUCCAUCCCACCUGGGUUUCAUCCCAGCAGGGAGCCUCAGUUCAGCUCCUGAGUGCAUGCUGAAAAUGCCCUUCCCAGUGCAGAGCUCAGCAUGGAGGAGAUUUCCCAUCUGCUUUUCCCACUUGGACAGUGCCCAGCAGAGACCGGUCUGUACAGAUAUUAUUGCCACUUGCUGCUGUGGGCUCACAGGAGCUGAGGGCCAGCUGUGCCCCUCUGGCCAGCCAGGGCCAGCCCCUGCUUGCUGAGCUGGAAACCUCAGCUCAAAGGAGAGUGGCUUCUCACCAGCACAGCCUCACUCUUCAGCUUCCUCCUGCAGUCCUGGUGUGCCCCAAUUCCCUUUCCCACCAGCAGACUUUCCAUGCUGCUAUUUGAUUUUUAUUUUUAACUACUAUGUUGGCACUGUCCAUAUCCUCCAGUAGGCCUGAUGGGAUCAGGAGUGGAAAAAAGUUCUGCUCUGAGUCAUGUUAAAUCAAAUUAUUUGUUGGGCGUUUUUUUUUUUUUUCCAUUGGGGAAAAUCCCCUCUGCAUUUUCAGGUGCUGUAUCAAGCACCCAGAGAGAUGCCAAGAGGGGAGCAGACACAUGCUCAGGUCUUGUCCCCUGUGCUUCCAACUUUGGGCAAGGCUCAAAGUGAGCUGGAUCCUCACAUCAUCUACCACUGUAUGGGCCUCAAAUGCCCAGUGGAGUCCUAGGAAAGACCCUCCCUGACUGUGGGGGGCAGUGGGUGGAAAGUGAGAGGGACAUCAACCCCCACCUCCACCCUCUGAGCCAGCAGCAUAGGACAAUAUCAAACCAGAAGUGUGGGGGAAGAGAAGCGGGUGCUGAUGCUGGUGAAAUUUAGCUGCUCAUUAAGUCCAGUUCCCAUUAGUGCCAAGAUCUUCUCUGUCACAGAUAGUGAGCCAGGGUUGCACCUUAUCUAGGGCCACCAGGCUGUGGGGGAUGGCCAUGGCCAGCAGGAGGGAAAGCUGGAGCAGAAAGCGGUGAAUGGUGCACGGUGGGGUGGGAAACUCCAAUCAGCUGCUACCCCUCUCCCUCCCCACCAUCUCGCAGACAGGCUGAGCUGGUGUCCUCCUGCUUUUCUUGCAUCUUCCGCUGUCACCCCCAGGCUGAGAAAGGAGGAUGGCACCAGAGGAUUCUUGGAAUCGGGUUCCAGCUACCUCCCUUCUAGUUUCAGUUUCACUUGGUUGUAACUGUCGGUUUGUUUUAGGUUUUACCUGUGUCUAAGAAAAAAAAAAAAUUUAAAAAAAGGGAAAAAAAGAGAGAGAAAAAAGAAGAGAGAGAGAAAAAAGAAAGCCCCAUAGCCAACAAAAUUUUUUUGCUGCAAGUGAUUCAAGUGGAAAAAAAAAUAAUGUGUGAGGCUAUACAGAGAGGAACAGGAGAGAAAAAAAGAAAACAACAAAACCCAUAAAAAAUGGAAAAAAGAAAAAGGAAAGAAAACCCGCAUAAUCCAAAUCCAAGAAGAGCAAAGCCUAUUUUUGUGUGUUUGAAAGGAAAACACCGAUUCUGCCAGCUGAGUAGAGAGCUAGAUACUAAGUGUAGAUUUCCCUAGAAGUACCGUGAGGUUUUAUAACAUUGUCUGGUUUUGUUUUCCUCGUGUGUUGUGAUAAGUCCAGGAACUAAGGCUAAGGGGUUAUCCCCUGGUAUAUUGUUGUUUGUGGGGGGAGGGAGGGGGUGGAGUUUGUUAUUUUUUUUCCAGAUUAUUUUUUUAAGUGUGUAUUUGUGCUUAUUUUUACGUUAUCCAACUGUACAUACGCAUUUAAUCAGUAUUUCACUGUGCUCUAAUUACUGCACUCAGAAGCACUGCACAGUCGGAAUCCCGGAGAGCUGCGAGAGACUGGGAGUGAAGGGGGAAGGAGAAAGCUGCUACCUGAGCAGACAGGUGAUUCCCAUUUUGGGGAAGCGGGGCGCUGACCACCCCCUUCCCACACUCCAGCCCCUUGUGCCCAUUCGAGGCCGAGCUAGAAGACAGGAGGAGAUGGGGUGAAGUCAGGCAAGGCUGGGAUGCCCAAAGGGGUUUCAGAGCUGCAAGUCUGGCCUUUGAACUAUUUUGGAUGCUGUGGAAAUUCCCAGCCUUUUGGCAGCAUCUUGCCCUCCCUGCCCAAUCCCUGGAGGACCCAGUGAGAAUUGAUGGGCAUGUUCAUAUCACAAGGACCACAUGCCUUGCAGAGAUAUGCUCUAGGUAUCUCUAGAUAUCUUCAUGGUUGUGGGCCCCAUUUUGGUCUCAGUGGUGCAGCUGAGCUGAUCUGUUUUAGAUUUUUUCCAUGUUACCCCAUCCUCUGGGGCGGGCCAUCUCCCUGUUGAGGGCAGCAGCACUCUUGCCUCUGGGUGACCUUAUAUGCUGGGCAUACUGAAGGCCCGAGAACAGUCCCAUUUCCCUGGAGGACCUUGACCACUGCCUUCAGUGGGAGCAUGAGCAGAACAUCAGCAGGAGCAGGUCCAGGUGGCCCAAGAUGUAUUUCCUUGUAGCUAUGGUCAAUUUGGGCAGUAGGGAUUUGGUGUUGGGCUGUUCCUGCCACCUGGAGGGGUUCAACCCCUCCUGUUCUUUUUAGCAGGAGCAAAGUGAGGCUUAAUGUUUUGUUUCUGUCUUCGUUUAGCAAACUGAGUUUUUCCCUUUUCACCGGAUCUACACAUCCAAGAUUCAUUGAGAAUGAGAAUCACUUCCUUUGAGGCCACACUCAAGAGCUUGGGUUGGCCUCAGGUGUUCAGUGAGGAGUCUUGGUGCUACUUGUUGGUAGUUUUAGUCCUGUUGGGUCGAGAUGUGGAGCUAACGAGUCCAAGUUGUCUUUGGUUCCCAUUCUGACUUAGGUUUUAGUCUUUUGUUUUUUCCUUCUUUUGGUGAGGCCACAUUCAACCACCAGUUUCCAUCUUCUGAGUGCAAAGAACCAGGGCUUUAACAAAACAUUUCACCAGCAAUUCAAGAGGGAAUUGGAACCAUUGUGGAGUUUGCAUUGUACGGCCUCUGUAAUUACGUACCUGUCUGCAGAUGAGAGGCUGAAUUUUGCUCCCAUCAAGUCAACACAGGUUUUUGUUGUUGUUGACUUCACUGGGAGCAGGAUUGAGCCAUACUAUAUAUAUAAAUAUAUAUAUAAAUAUAUAUGUGAUAUAUAUAUAAUAUUAUAUGUGUAAUAUUAUAUAUAUAUCAGUGUAAUAUUUACAAAUAAAACUGUGAUCUCGUCUAGAGAAAAAUGUAUUCAUAUUACCAACUGCUCUUCCAUAUUUAUGUAUCAUAUUGUAUCUUUUUAUUAUAAUUAUUAUGAUUAUUAUGGUUAUUAUUAUUAUUAUUAUUAUGGAAUCUUUCUUGGCACCUUUUGGAAGCCACGUCAACCAAUACUCCAAUGAAGUGCUGAGGAUCUAUUUUCACAAGAAUUCUACUGGUCUACUGUAUAAAAGAGAAAAGAAAAAAAAAAAAAGAAACAAGCAAAAUACAGUUCAACCCUUAAUUCUGUACCUCACGCCUGUACGUUUGCUGCUCCAAUUUUGGGUUUUAUUUUGCGUUCGUUUGUUUUUAACGGAUCUAAUUUAAGUCUCCAAGCAAUAUAUAAAGAUGUAAAUAGUAAAGCUUAUUUAUUAAGAUUGUCAUCUUUUUUAAUUUAUAUUUACACAAUUGUUCAUCUAAUUUAUUUUUUUUUUCAAUACAGUUUUUAACAGUUGUCCUUUUUGGUUCAUGAUGUUUUUUAAAUCAUUUUCACAGAAUUUCUUUAUACAGCUUUUUCUCUUUCUUUGAAUAAGCAACAACUUCCUCUGGUCUUUCAAAAACAGGUCAUGUUUCACUCCAAAAAAAAAAGUUAUGUCAGAUUCAUCAGAAAUAUUUUGCCAUUGUUGAUUCCUAUACCCUAAAGUUCUAUAUUAUAUAAAUAUAUAAUACCUUGUAUGCUUAAAUAUUUAACUGUGUGAUUUUGUAUAUAUCUUCAUACACAUGCUCACACACAUAUGAGGGUUAAUGUCCCCAGAUGUUGGGAGAACAGAGAAUCAGAAACACAAACAAUAUAAGCUUGUAUUAAAGAGUUCUGAACUGGACCCCUCA